UUCAACCAUUAAUCAAUCUUUUGCGAUGAAAAUUACACAACUUUUAUAUAUCUUGUGUGUGGUGGUUAUCACAUCGAUCGGUGUGAUCGAUGCCGUGGGCUAUAUAAUACGCUUCGAGACGAAGAAGUCGCGCUGUCUGAAUCCUCCCAGGACCGCCCGCAAGGUAGAGUCCGUGAUCACGCACUGCCAGGAUGAGGUGAAGACAAAACUGGUCAAUGGUGGGUGCAGAAAUCAGGGAAUCCUCUCACACCCUAAUGGACUUAUUGCCUCCACAGAAGCCUAUGAAAUACUGAAAGAGCAGGUGUCACAGGAUCAGCCCCCCAUCGAUCCCAACGAUGAUACCAUCGACUAUAUGUGGCCCUCUGUUCCCAGCGGAUCUUCAGGCGUAGAACUGGAUCAUCCACCCACUGGGCCAUUAAAUGCCAGCCACUACGAGUAUAUAUUGUUCGAUGAGCCCGAACCACAUCGCCGUAUGGCGCGUCUAAUGAAGAACAUCCGACGCCUGGAUGGGGCACGUUCGGACAUAUAUCACCCGACUCUGGUGCCGCUGGAGGACAAGCGUAUAGCGGGGUGUCUGCUGCACUGCGUCUAUGCCAAGAACCAUGCCAUCGAUCAUAUGGGCUGGCCCACACUGGACGGACUGGUGCAAUUCUACUCGGAGGGCGUCCACGAGCACGGCUUCUUUAUGGCCACCCUGCGCUCGGUGAAUCUCUGCCUGCGGGCCAUGACCACCAAGUACCGUGUCAAUCGCCAGGCGUUGCCGCAGAAAGGUGAAAGCUGCGAUCUGGCUUUCGACGUCUUCGACUGCAUAUCGGACCAAAUUACAGGCUAUUGCCUUGAUCAGUAUAGCCGGUAUUAGUAUUAGCCUGUGUGUGUUUCUGUAUAUCCAUGUGUGUGGCGUGUGUCAAUAAAAUGUUUAGUGCAAAUCC